GCCACUGUCGCUGCGGGGCCGGAUGGAGCGGUUGUGCCUGCGCUGAACUACCCAGGGAUUGCAAAGUGCUGGUAGGCAUGGAGGAGGCCGCGACGGACACUGGCUCGUCGGCUGGUGGCGGCGGCCCUGCAGGGUUGCUGACUCUAGAGGUGGAGGCGGAGAAGCUCCUUCCCUUUCUGACGCCCGGAGCGCGGGCGGACUUGCAGGAGGAAGCAACGCGGCACGUGCUGGCUCUGACCGGCUCGGGGCUGGGCCGGACGCUGCUGGCCCGCCAAGCAGCACUGCUGCGGGCGCUGGUCGACUUGGCGGAGGCCCCGGCCCCGGCCCCUGCCCGAGACGCAGCCCGCGCCCUUGUCAACCUGGCCGCCGACCCCUGCCUGCAUGAGCCUCUGCUGGUGGCCGAGCCUGGGCUGCCUGCCCGCCUACUGGGCCGUGUGUUGGAUCCCCAGUGGCCCUGGGCGGAGGAGGCAGCCGCGGUACUGGCCAACCUCAGCCGCGAGCCGGCGCCGUGUGCCUCGCUGAUGGAGGCGCUGACGGCCGCGGAGUGGGGGGAGUCGGGCCUGGAGCGGCUUGUGCGCGCGCUGUGCACUCCGGGCUACAACGCCCGCGCAUCCUUACAUUACCUGGGUCCAGUGCUCUCCAACCUCAGCCAGCGUCCCGUGGUGCGAGCCUUCCUGCUGGACCCUGACAGGUGUGUGGUCCAGCGGCUGCUGCCCUUUACCCAAUACUCAGACUCUACGGUUCGCAGGGGCGGGGUUGUGGGGACGCUGAGAAACUGCUGCUUCGAGCACAGACACCACGAGUGGUUGCUGGGGCCCAAGGUGGACAUUCUCCCCUUCUUGCUGCUGCCCUUGGCUGGGCCUGAGGAAUUCUCCGAGGAGGAGAUGGAGCGACUGCCUGUGGACCUGCAGUACCUGCCACCAGACAAGCAACGGGAGCCUGAUGCCGACAUACGCAAGAUGCUCAUUGAGGCCAUCAUGCUGCUGACAGCCACAGCACAGGGUCGGCAGCAGGUGAGGGACCAGGGAGCCUACCUGAUUCUGCGUGAGCUGCACAGCUGGGAGCCUGAGUCCGAUGUGCGGGUGACUUGUGAGAAACUGAUCCAGGUGCUCAUUGGGGAUGAGCCAGAGCAUGGCAUGGAAAACCUGCUGGAGGUGCAGGUGCCUGAGGAUGUGGAGUGCCAGCUGCAGCGGCUGGACCGCCAGGAGCAGGAGCAAUGCCAGCGGGAGCAGCAGGAGUGGGAGCUGGCUCCAGAGCCACAGGCGGAGGGGGAUGCACCCACCUGAGGUCCGUGUAGCUCAACACCAGCUCCUGGCACACCUUUACUAGCCCAUCAGUCUUGGCCUCCCAGACCAGGCUUUCCUGCAGUUGCCUUUAGGCCUCCUGGGUCACCUUGCUGGAAGGCUGUGUCCUACUGAGAAGCAGAGCUACGCUUAAGCUCUGGGUUCAUGCUGAGGGCUCUAGGGCUAAUGCCCCUUAAACAUUGGAGGAUUGAGGGCACUUCCCUGUGCCCUGUUGCUUUCAGCAGCGGUGCAGCUUGUUCAGAAGAGCACUGUUCAAUCCCAGCUGGCCAGGCCCUGGAGCUCUCAGGGACCUGCAGGGGGUUGGCCAGUGGAGCUGUGAGGCACUUCUCAAGCAUGGUGGUGGGGCCAGACAGGAAAACCGCAGACUGGAGUGGCCAGCUGGAGCUUUCCAGUCCCAGGAGUGCUUGCUACAGGGGUCUGAGCCCAGGCAGGCACCUGGUGCGAGCAUUGCCCCCUCCUGCCAGUACCCCCAAGUCCUCCAUCUGGGCCCUCUGCUUACCCUCAGCCUCAGUAGGCCGACCUCUUGAGACCUUUGCUAUUUAUAGCCUGUCCUGGGGGUCUCCUGGAGCUGCAACCCACCUGGCCUGCCCUUCAAGCACUGGCUGGGUGCUGUCUCCCCUUCGUCCUCUCCGCUCUCCCACUUGACCUGUGCCCUGGCUCUGCCUGCAGCCCCCUGUCUGUACAAGAACCUGGUUCUCCACAGUGCCACAUGUGGUCCCCCUAACUCUGCAGCACCCAAGGUGUCACUGGCAGGCUGUCAGUGUGGCCCCAGCUUCUGUGCUCGUCUCCUGGGCCCCCUACCAAACUUAGUGCCAUCUUUGGCGCAGACCCAAGUACUGGUCCCCGCCCCCCGAACCUGUGCUGCAGUGUAGGCUGGCCCCCCAGGGUUCCCGGUGCCCUUCUCUUCUUCCUCUGCCCUGUUUCCAAAGUUGGAGGUCUGCUCACUUGUGCUGUCCCAUGGAGGCUGGGUGCUCCAUGGGGGUGCUGUGUGUCUCCCUCCAUAGCUCACCGCCCCCAUUAAAGCUCUGGCAUGGAGGUGUGUGGACUCAUGUCCUUGGUUCGGGAGCAUCCCCAGUUUCCCCAGUGCCGGUUGGUUCAAACCUCUGACUCCACAGAAUAAA